AUGACCGACAUUUCGCUCUACGGCCCUGCGGCUGGCGAGGCUGCGUCAUCUCCGUUAUACCGAGCCUUGUGCGUGCGUUCUGGCAAUGUGGUUGCGCUGGGGAUGCAGAAGACCGCGUCCGUAAAUUGCGCGGGUAUGGCGCUUUUUCGGGUCUUCCAGGGCAACGUGGAAGUGUUGGGCUUUCGCCCACCUCUCGGCGUGUAUUUCUCGUUGCAUUCACCCAAAUGGAAUAAUCUGCUGGUGAUAGAGGGCCGACCUGGUAAUGAAGAGACUCAGGCGCCUUUUGGACCUAUGAAUGUCAGUUUAUUGCAAGGCAUGGAGCCGAAUCUGCAUCCUGAGGCUGUGAACGAGGACCAAGAGAUAGCGGCGGACAAACUGGCCAUGCAACUUGUAGACGCCUUCCCCAUCGUGCUGGUGCUUCGCGCCAUUCCCUUGACAUACGGGAAUAUCAUGAGUUUCUAUGAGAAUACAAGACCAGAGAAGCCGUCGGCAGUUCUGCCUGGUUUUAAGAUGAUCGUCUCAAAACAUAACCAGAACUUGCUGAGUGAGUUAACUGCAGGGUUCGACUACACAAGUGCUGCACCUCCAACUACUGACCCAUCGCAUUACGAUUGGAAGUCGCCGGAGCGCGUACUGGCCGAGCUUGUCGUCGUGGACUCCUUCAAGACGCUGAAUUUCACGGAGCCGUGGCAAGCGACAGUAGACAGACUGCAGGCCAGUCUGGUGGCACAGAACCCUCAGAAGAUCGUCGUCUGCGGUGGCAAGGGCGUGGGGAAGUCCACGUUUUGUAGAUAUUUAGUGAACACAUUGCUCUCGAAGUUCGACACCGUGGCAUUUCUAGACACGGACUUGGGACAGAGCGAACUGACUCCGUCGGGUCUUGUAGCGCUUCAUGCCCUGACGACUCCGCUGCUUGGACCGGGAUUUGCGCACAUGAAACACCCGAUCCGUUCCUUCUUCUGCGGAAACACCAACCCCGGCAAUGAUCCAUUGUACUACAUGAAGGCAGUCAAGGGUUUACUACGUUUACAACGUGCGUGUGUUCCGCUGGUGAUCAACACCGACGGGUGGAUCAAGAGUAUGGGCCACGACUUGCUCUGCCACGUCAUCCAGGAAACGAACCCUGAUCACGUCGUGCAGCUUGUGGCUGCGACGAAGAACAAACAGUUCGAUGUGCCCACAGAAGGCCGAUGGCGGAUACACGCCGUCCCUCCUUGGGACCCUGUGGGCGUGACGCAACCGCCACGAAGCUCCAAGGAACUGCGCGUGUAUCGUUCCCACUCGUACUUCCUCUCUCGUGUCCGAUGUGACCUCCCGCGAUCGCAACUACAGAAUCUUCAUGUCUUGUCCGAGAAGAAUCGCGUAGACCGUGACAUCUACCGCGCCUAUGCGCAACUCACACCUUUCGCCGUGUCAUUCGACCAUGUGGAUGUCGCGUUCGCUGGUUCCUCUGUAGCUCCAAGCCAACUCCUGUUCUCGCUUAAUGCCAGCGUCGUCGGUCUCUGUGUCAACCCCGACUACAAACCAGUUGAACAGGACGAAGCCGAGUCACGAGAGGGCCCGCCACGUAUCGUACUGCAGCCAGUUCAUGCGCCGUGUCUUGGCGUCGGGAUCAUCCGCGCGGUGGAUGCCCAGCAGCGUCAACUGUUCAUUUUGAGUCCUCUACCUUUGUCCGUCUUGAAGCGCAUCAACCUCUUAAUACGCAGCAGCAUGCCACUCGACAGCAUCUUAUUAUCGGCUCAAGAACCGGCCCAAGCUCCGUACAUUGUCACGGACGUCGUCGCAUCGGACGGCACCGGGUCCGCUGUCAUGCAGAGCCGUAACAAUCUUAAACGUAAACGCGACGGCAAGUAA